CAUGCCAUACUCUCCACAGCGACGUUCAUGGCGGAUGAGCGGAGUGGGGAAAUCAAAUAACGAAAUCACUCAUCGACAAAAGAAAGUAAACCAUCGUAAUUUGUCCACAACUUUACAAUGUCUCAAAAUUUGAAAAAGAGAACUGUAUCGGUAGCACUAAGUGCUUACCGGGACCAGCAUUACAAGGGAAGUCGAAAUGAACAGGAAAAAGCACUAAUGUAUUCAACAACUCUCUAUGUUGGAAAUUUGUCAUUCUUCACCACAGAGGAACAGAUCUAUGAGCUAUUCAAUCGGUCAGGCGAUGUGAAGAGAAUUAUCAUGGGACUUGAUAAAGUUAAGAAGACCCCAUGCGGAUUUUGUUUUGUGGAAUAUUAUGAGAGAAAUGAUGCAGAGAAUGCUCUGAGGUAUAUCAAUGGAACUCGUCUAGAUGAUCGGAUUAUUCGAACUGACUGGGAUGCUGGCUUCAAGGAGGGGAGGCAAUAUGGGCGGGGCAAGAGUGGGGGACAGGUGAGGGAUGAAUACAGAACAGACUACGACGAGGAUCGGGGAGGAUAUGGGAAAAUUGUGACUUCUAAAAUCAGGACGAGGGAAACCCCAUAUUAACAUCAGGUGUUCAGGGUUUCAUUGGGACACAUUACUCUGAAGGUCAAGGUCGUGCUGGAUGUUGUCUUCCACCUUCCUGAUAUCCGAACUUGGGAUGCUGUAAUGUGACAUAAACAAUUUUAUUGUAUGAAUGAUGAAUGACAACUGCAUUGCAUGUGGGUUUUUUUUUCAGUUGCGGAAACCAAUACGUAACAAGUAGAUUGAAAAGUUAGUUUCCUUUAUAUUUCAAGUUAGAUAAAUAAAAAUACUUGAAUAUCCUUCUUCUAUUUAACAUUGUCGUGUAUAUUUUCAUCAACAACUGAAUAGAAAGGCUUUGACAAGAGUCGAUUUCUGUUUAUUGUGUGACGAUCGCAGGUUGUCAUUCUUUAUCUUUGAAGCACGUUUUAUAUUUUUUGAAUUGUUUAAUAGGAAGGCUGUAACCUUGGUAACAGAAGUUUUACUGUUUUCAUUGUGUGUUUGAGUGAUGAAGAUUGUGAAUGUAAUGUUGAAUGUAACGUGUAAGGUGGAUCUCAUGUAAUAAAGAAUGUCAGUAAUGUC